AUUUGAUUCGUUAUUUUAUAUGGCCUGAUAUAAUUUGUUAAUCUUUUUAUCGCAGAUAGCAUAUAAAUCUAUUGAGGAAGACAGUUGUUAAGCAAUAUAAUAGAGCCUUCUGCUGUGAUAUCUUUUUCCUAAGUUCAGCAAUAUUACUUUCGUAGUGUACCUCAAUAAAUCAGUGAAGUUAGACGUGGAUAAAUUUUAGUCCACGCGAUUUAAUUGCGACUUUUAAAUAACGGAAAAUAAUGUUUGGAAAAAUUUUAACUAUUUUUAUUGUUUUUAAUACUUAUUUCGUUGCUUCUCUCCACUGGCCAGAUGUGACUGAUAUAAAUUCAAUACACGAUUUCUUUGAAGGAUUCAAUUUUAUUAUAGACAAUGAGUAUAAAAUAACAAGCUUCAUGGAUGAAGAGGAUAGAAAUAAUGAAAUAAAAAAUUUUGUUUCUGAAAUGUUGAAAACUUUCAAUAGCUUUAAUGAGACAGAUAACUAUAAAUCAAAUUUUAUGUGGGACGAAUUCGAUAAAAAAUUAAGAGAUCAUCGAAUGAAUAAAAAUAAUUUGCUGUCAUUACUUCCUCAUAUAAUUUUUCGAGGUUUGAGAAAAGAGCUUAAAAUUUUGGAGAGCUUAAUCAAUCGUUUUUUUAAAAACAAAGUCAGCAGUCAUAUUGAUGAUAUUCAAAAUUUAUGUUCAUUUCCAUUAUCUCAUACAAUAUCUCAGUCGAAGUUGACGUAUUCUUACAUCAAAGGAAGUUAUGAAGCAUUGACGGGUGAGAUUGAAAGAAGAGAAGCUAAAUCAGAAACCAUGAAUGUUGAUUGCGAUGAACAUUUAUUUUUACAAGAUUUGUAUGACUUAUCUAAAGAAAUACUCAGAGGGUUUGUUUUGAAAUUUUUUCGGACGUCAAUUGGUCUUAGUUUAAAAUUUAAAUGUACCGUAGAGACAAACGUUAAAAAAAAAUUACUUUAUCAAAGAAAUCAUUUCAUGAAUAAUGUUACAAUGUUGAUGAAUUUUACGCGUGAUUAUCUAGGAAAUUUUUCCGAGUAUCUCUAUGCUUGUGACUUUAGUAAUCAUACUCGAGACAAAACAUACAUCGAGUUGGAAAGAAUGUACCAAGUAAUGAUUGAAAAUGAAUAUUAUUUAGACAAGGAUGGAAGUUGUUCGUAUAAUUGUAAUACAAAAGGUCAAAAUUUUAAGCCUCACGUUAAUUAUAUGUGCAAGGACUUAGAUUGUCAAUAUAUGGGUGGCAAGUUCGAAAUUUGUCAGAUGGAUGAUGAUGUAAGACGAUAUCAAUGGUUUAGAGAUAGAAAUAACAAUGUUUAUGGCAAUGAUACUAAUUGUUCAGGAAAAAUGGUUACGUAUAACAGUUGGUAUCAAUGGACAGGUCGUUAUUGUGAUAAUUGUGUUUGCGUUUGUACUGCCAAGCCUCAUAGAGAAAUCCAUCAUGAAAUCACUGCCAUCAGCUUCCAAGAUCAAGUGUCUGAUACUAACAGCAACAAGGUUCUUCUGGACUUGAAAUUUGUCAUAAAAAAUAACACAAUUUACGUCAACAUAAAAGAAGGAAAGCUUUUGCCUCAUGGAAAGAUAGAUAACAACAGCGUAUCAUGGAAAGCACUUGAUAAUUGUUCUAUUCAUGAUGACUUCACUUUUUGCACUUAUCCACGACAACCUGGUGUAGCAUAUGGUCUUACAACAGCAGCAAAAGAUUUCGGUUAUCCAGAAUAUUUGAAUUUAGAUAACAUAAAAGCCUCUACAGAAUCAAUCGUGACAGGCGUUCGAUUUCGAUUCGCUGGCGAUUUCAAUACUCUUCCAAAGUAUAAAAACGGUUCGGUAGAAAUGCAGAUUCGUUUAACGGAGUUUGAUUACCUAACGGGAAAAUUAUCCAAAAACCAUGUCUGGAUUUCUUCAAACAAUAAACAGAACAAAACAGAGUUGUUACUUCCAAACCCGGAUAAUCCAAUAAAAUCUCCAAAAAACAUACCAAAUUUGAAAGGAAAUCAAUUUGUUAAGUUCAAAGUAUCGGAUCUGAAGAAGGAUGCAGGACAAUCAACUGUCCCUUUUUUUGAUGCACGGCCAGUUGAAAGCAAAGUAUUAUUUCCCCUGAGAGGAAUUGGACUAUUUCAUCGUGGCUAUGAAGGUUUCGGGGGAUUUAUCGCCUUCAAGCUUUUCAUUAUAAAUCCGCAGGAGUACAUGAAUACUGAACUAGGUGUUACUAAGAGCGUGACACCUGCAUCCAUUAAAAUUGGUUGGGAUAUCUUCUCAGGGUUAAAAUGGCAGUAAUAAAAAAUGAUUAGAAUAAAAAGUUUUUCAUAUCAAAGAAUAACUCGUAGUAAAAAACCUCGAUAUUUAUUCUGUAAAUUUUUAAUUUAGAGGUAUUGUUUGGACUAACUCAACGAGCAUUAAAAAGUAAAACAAUUUUAAAUUAUUCAAAUAGUUUUGAAAACUAUUUCAUUAAUUAUUAAGUGCUGAUAAUUUUUAUUUCAAUAGUAAAUAGUACACAUCAAAUAAUAACACAUG